AUGCGUUUAAUCACGUAUUUAUUCGUUGUUGCGCUACUAAUCGUAGGUAGUGCGCUCACCACACAUGCCUUAGUUCAAGACGAGGGUUUAAUCCUUUACUUCAGUUUCGAUUCACAAACAGACGGAUUCGUUGAAGAUGGAACCGGUGGCGGGAAUGAUGGCCUAAUCACUGGCGCGGAGAUUGCUACCGAUGAAGUCGUCCACGGUAAAGGAUCGUUGUACUGCGACGAUGGCGAUGACGGUGUGGCGGUCGAUUCCUUCAAAGAAUUAGAAGAGUAUACGGACAACUCCUAUCUCUUCUGGCUCAACUUUGUUGUGCCGAACUCCGGUGCCUGGAAUCAAAUCAUCGCGAAAAAGGCGCCCGGUUCUGACCGAUCUCCGGGUAUAUGGACCUGUAACCGCGUAACUUUGCACAUCCACUACCGUUUCAAUCCAGGAAACGCCGGAAGCCUUUGUGUCGGUCCUGAUGGUGAAGGUGAUGAAUUUGGAAUCGGGGACUGGCACCACGUUGCCGGUAUCAAAGAAGGUAACCAAUUCAAGUUUUACAUGAAUGGCGAAGUGGUCGAUGAACAGACUGUUCCCGAAGCUCAUGCACAAGGGACAGAAAAACUGUAUAUCGGCAAAACGGGUUAUGCUUCUGCGCUUUUCUACCUCGACGAGCUCUUUGUCUACGAUAGAGCACUCAGUGCUGCUGAGGUCGUAAAUGUUAUGGAGGGUAAUCUCACCCCUGUUGAACCGAAAGACAAACUCGCUACGACGUGGGGACAACUGAAGACACGUCGUGAUUAA